CAAACAACUUUAUGAUAAAAUGAAUUUAACAGGAGGCAAGUGCACGAAGAUUUGAUUAAAAUAUAUCCGUGUGAUAGAUUUUUCUUGAAAAUUAUUCGAAAAAUUGUCUUCCGCUGUCUUUGGUUGAAGACUGUGAUAUGAAAUAUUUUUAGAGGUUAAUGUUCGAUUUUGGUGAACCGUGGACUGAAAAGAAAACAAAUAUUGGAUCCUGCUAUCAAAGGAGACCUUUUCUUUGGUUAUGAUGAUGAUUAUAUUCAAUAUUUGGUUGAUAAUAAUGUAAUAUCAGGUUCAUUUUCCAUACACAUAACAACGGAGUUUUCAUGGUCAAUACGCAAAAAAAAAUUGGAAGUCGACAAGUCAGAAAUAAUUGCUUGCGAAGAAGUUUCCAGUGUUCAAUUUGAUGUGAAAUCCAACUAAGGCUGUGCUAGAACCAAGCUUGAUAAUGGUACCUUGGGAAAAAGUGUUAUAUAAGCAUCAAAAUUAUCCUGACAAUUAUACAGACGGUACUUUUCUGCGCGACUUAAAGAAAAAUAUAGAUUAUAAGGAAGUUUCUUAUUUUGAAGCCUUCAUAGGCGCAAACUUACUUGUUCAAGAAAUAUGUAUGGUUAUGGGUUUUGUCUUAGUAUAUAUCUAUCUUUAUAACGAAUGGCUACCACCAAACUUAAUAUUCAAUACUUUCAAUUGUUUAACUUUAAUUGGAUUUUUGUUACAUAAAUUCAGUUAUAUAAAUAGUGCUUUUUUUGACAUGAUAAGUCACGACUUGAGAACAUUGCUUAUUUAUAUUGUGUUUGGGCACCUAUUUUCACCAGUUUUAUAUACUUUAACUGAUACCAUAAGCACAGAUACAAUUUAUACAAUGACCUCAUUCAUGCUCCUUAUUCAUAUGAUAUUUUUUGAUUAUGGUGUUAAUGCCACCAUUGUUUCCAAUAGUCUAUCAUUAAGCGCAGCAAUUUUUGCUUCAAUCUGUUUGGCCUCUAGAUUAUCAUCAGCACACCAUGCAUUUAUUCUUAUAACAAUUGCUAUAGAGUGUUUUGUGUUAUUUCCACAUUUACAAGUUGAUACAGGGUUUUCCCUCUUGAUAACAUUAGCCUUAGCUUUGUGCGAUUUAUAUUUUUUAAAUCUCAUAUGUGUUUUUGCCACUGUAAUAUUUUUGAUAAGUUUAUUGUUUAUUAUUUUUAUCUGUCCAUUGCUGUUUGUUAAAUAUCAGAAAUAUAAGGAAAAUAUAUAUGGGCCUUGGGAUGAAGCUGUAGUUGAAGAUGCCGAUAAGACAAUAUAUUUUUGAUAGACGA